AUGGUCGACGAACCGCUCACUUCAGCCGCCGCCACGGCAGAUCCCCCCCCUCCCGUGACGCACCCCGAAUCUGACGCUCAGGCUGCCCCCCUCCCCCUCCCCCUCCCCCGCAUCGCCAUACGGUUCUGCACCCAGUGCAAGUGGAUGCUCCGCGCCGCCUAUUUCGCCCAGGAACUCCUCUCCACCUUCUCCACGUCCCUCGGCGAGGUCGCCCUCAUCCCCUCCACAGGCGGCACCUUCACCGUGACCAUCACCACCGCAGCCGACGCAGACCCUGCGAGCACGAGCACGAAGACGCUCUGGGACCGCAAGACGGACGGCGGCUUCCCCGAGACCAAGGAGCUCAAACGCCGCGUCCGCGACGUCAUAGACCCGUCGCGCAACCUCGGCCACGUCGACCGCGAUCACGCCCGGCCCGCUCACGCACCCGCCAGCGCCAACGCGGUCGCCAUGCCGUCUACCGCGUCUACCGGCGCCACGGCUGAGGCGCCUGCGCAGUCGCAGGGGACCGCUCUCGACGACGAGGCGAGAAGCCGCAUCGCUGCCGCCAGGAUGAAUAAGGGCCAGGCCGCGCCGAGCGGCGUCGAUGGGGCUUCGCUGGUCAGCGAGCUGAAGGGGCCCGGUCCGGCGCAAACUCAGGCACAAGCAUCACGAGAGGGACAGACCGGUGAAGCCAAGGCUGUAUGCGAGGACUGCGUGUAG